CCACUUUAUUUUUGCCAUGAGACGUACCAAUGAACACUUCCUUGCUUUUCUCUACGAUUGAAGUGACUAGACAAGCCUUCUAUGGCUCUUCACUCUCUUUUGCUAUCGUAAAUCUGAAGCCCAUUGUUCCAGGACCACGCCCCCUCAUUCAGUCUGCUCUCAAGGUCCUGACACCUCAUCAACUGCCACAAAUGACGAUGCUAUUAUGGUGGCGUCUGCCGGUCCUCUCAUGUUCAGAACGCAUGAACACCGCUAAGCUUUAACUCCAACAUGACCAUCCUGGCUCAUGCACGCCUCACUCAAAGACUCGCAUCUCGAGCUCAGUUUAGCACAGCACACCUCACUGCUCCUCUGGACAUCCACGUUCCACCCCAAAGUCCAAGAAGCCUUAUCCAUGCACAAACCCAUAGUA